AUGCCAUUCAAGCUCUAUACCUCAGUCUUACUUUCCCUGCUCGCCGCCAGCAUAACGACAGCGCUGUCCGUGCCAACCACCCCCACGAAGCUGUACAACUUUGGCGCAGACGGCAGCGCGACAUUCCUUGAUUCGGAUGCUGGAGAGGACCCGCGCAGUCUGUGGAUCAGGCGGCACCAAGACCCGGCGAGCAACGCCAUCGUGUGGGAUGUUCGUUCUGUCGCUGGAAGGAGCAAUGCAUAUACGAUUUGUCAUGAGGAGACAGGCCUUGCCUGGGUCAUAUCCAGCGAGGAUCGCUCACUUGACUGGCUUGUCCUGAGCAACCAGUCCGCGCCGGCGGUGUUCUCGUUCAGUGACAACGUGGAUGGGACCUUCCGCAUUUCACUCGCAGACGACGCGGCCAAGGGCGUUCUGGAAGCACACGGCGUAGCCCAUACCCCGCUAGAUUAUGUCAAGUUCGAGGCCGUUCGCAACGGGGAGGACUUUUAUCUGCCAUUUCAGACUUGGUCGUUCGUUUGA